GAUCGCUAUAUUUUUGGUUUUCAAUAUCUAACAAUAACCCUUUCUUAGUCUGCGGAGAUGACUGUGUUGCUAGCUGUGAAAGAAAAGCAGAAUGUGACCCGGGCUUUGGGUUAAAUUGGUCUGAAAAUCGUCUUGUCCUCUGAACAUAUGCUGCUCAAAGUUUGGCUUCUGUGGAACAAUGUCAGAAUUCUGUGGGAAGAAAACAGUGAAACAGCCCUCUUGCAAUAAUUCAACGCACACAUUAGAGCGUGUUGUUGGAUACUAUGAGACUUGGAGCACUCGGCGUCGAUGCAAACAGUUCUGAGCAAAUUCCUUUGGGAGUUACACCCAUAUCAAUGUGGCCCUUGCAGUCAUUGACCCGAUACGUUCGAGGUUCGACUUCUUUGACUGCAGAUAUUGAGCUUUUCAAGCGAGUCGCCCGCCUCAAGCAAGAAGAUCCUGAUCUCAAAGUGUAUAUCGCUAUUGGAGGUUGGAGCUAUAAUGACCUGGCCCAACUGCAAUGACAUUUUCCGACCUAGCCGCAUCGACAUCCAAUCAAAACAAGUUCUUCGAUUCUCUCACAAAGUUCAUGUCCACAUAUGACUUGGAUGGCGUAGACAUCGACUGAGAAUAUCCAGCAGCGGACGAUCGAAGUGGUCAUCCAGAAGACUUUGACAACUUCCCUAAGUUCUUAAAGAAUAUCAAAGUGGCACUCAAAAGAACUGGUAGUCGAGAUGGUCUUAGUAUAACUCUGCCUGCCUCUUUCUGGUACUUGCAACACUUUGACAUUGGGACUAUGAAGAAAAGUGUGGACUUCUUUAAUAUCAUGACCUAUGAUCUUUAUGGAACUUGGGACAAAGGAAACAAAUGAACUGGUGAAUUCCUCGACGCGCAUACCAAUCUCAUUGAGAUUAAAACUUCUCUGGAUCUACUAUGGCGAAACAAUAUUCCACCGGAUCAGGUAGUUCUUGGAAUAGCAUUUUACGGCAGAGCAUAUACGAUUGCCGACCCAUCAUGUACUAAGCCCUGGGUGCCUUUUUGCGUCCGGGGCGGAGGCUGGAGACUGCAGUCAUGAGGUUGGAAUUUUGAUGAACUCCGAGAUUGACGAGGUUAUCGCGGGAAAACACCCCAAAAUCAUAUAUGAUAAAGAUGCUGCAGUGAAGAUGAUUAUAUGGGAUAAUAAUCAAUGGGUAUCCUAUGAUGAUAUCGACACCUUCAAGCUCAAAGCUGACUUUGCCAGAGGGAAAUGCUUAGGAGGCCUUAUGGUAUGGGCAGUAAGCCAUGACCAUACCAAUGGGACUUACUUUCUUGUCCUGGGAGAAGCAGCCCAACACAAGUUUAAAGCUCUGCCCGACAUAAUCAAAACAGACAACACAAUCAAAAUCAAACAUGAUCAGUGCAAAUGGACAAACUGUGGAGACCUCUGCCCAGAUGGAUGGGUUCUGCUCCGCCGUCAUGACGAUGAUAGACAUCAUGAUGGUGAGUGGAUGCUUGAUAAUGGAGGCUGUAUCUUCAAAAAUCAGGACCAUCGUCUGUGCUGUCCUCCUGAUCAAGAUGCUCUGACUUGCGGCUGGUAUACAUUCAACAACGGUGACUGUGAAGGCAAGUGUCCAGACGGUAGUUUUGAACUUGGCGGAACCAACCGUGGAUGUUCAACUGCAUUUGGUAAUUACCAAGCUGCCUGCUGUACGAGUGGUCAAAAGUGUACUGCGCUCUAUAAUAAAUGCGAAUGGGGUGCUUCAUUCGAAUGCGAUUCAUGGAAAUGCCCAGCAGAAAAGACUGAUGUUCUUCUUAAGUCAUGCAAUGGCAAUGGAGGAUCGGCUUGCGGUGGCGACUGGAGAACCAACCUGAAUGAGGAGCGCAAAUAUUGCUGUAACGGCUCUGAUGAAAACAUGACUUUCGACGACUGCGAGUGGCUUGACGACUAUAGCGAAACAGGAUACCAAGCCAUUCCUGCUGAUGGUGGUAGUGGAAGCGGUGGGAGUGGCUACUGCUUCCCAAGCUGCCCCAAGGACAAAGUACGAGUAGCUAUCAAGCACUACAAUACUUGUAACAAAAAGACUGGCUCCCGUGCAAAGUGCUGUUCUCCCAACUACACCACGACCCAAAAAAAGGUAGACCCUAUGGUAGAGCUUUGGACGGCUGAUCUUAAAGAUUGGCUGGAAACUCCUACAUGCUCUACCGGCUAUGGGUACGGCUACGAUGAUACCUUUAGUGUGGGCUACGGCAAAAGAGGCUUCACAGACAUGUUGUCUAUGGAAUAUGCAUCUCGGUAUGCCGGCUCCUCGGGAACAUCUUUGGAGAAAUGUCAAGAUCCACAAUCAUUGUUCACAAGUAAUUCCAUUCUAAUUGUUGUGAUUGAUAUCAUCUACACCUAUUGCAUGACGAGCAGGACAAACAAAGCCGUCAAAGAAAUCAAGGUGUGGAACGAUGUAAUUGCCGCUCGGUUCACUUAUCUAGCGACUUCCACUCUUAUAUCAUUCUUGAGAGAUGUUACAGGUGAAUUGUUUUCUGUGAACGCAGAGGAUCUUGCAGGUCGCAUUAUUUGCAACCUAGAGUACUGGAACCAGAUAAUCAAGGAUUGUACAUCUCCCAGUACUUUAGAUGAAGUCUGCGCUAUCAGCGAUCUUGACGGUUUUGAUGAUGAAUACUCGAUUGACCCUGAUACCUACGGAACGAAUAGUGCAUCAACCAAACGAGCUCUUCACAGUCUGGACAAACGUGAUGGAGCUCCCCGGGAUUUCACCGUUGAUUGCGGUACUGAUCCAAUUACUUGCCAGCAGCGAAUCAUGAUUAUUACAUCAGUGGCCUAUCCAAAUGGUGGCAAUGGUGUCAACCUUGCAAAUGCCAAUGAACUAACAGUGCGAUUUGCGGUCGCAAAUCAAUGUGUAUGCACUGAUACCUCUAUUGAUCCUAACGCGCCCAAUAAUCUUUGGAUGUGGGUUAGUAAGUGCUCCCAAAUCAUGGUGCAUCGAAUUAUUUCCAUCGGGCGUUAUGGUACAUGUAUUAACCAUUCUACUUCUUCAUAG